AUGCGGGUCCCGCUCCGCUCCGCGCCCGCGCUGGCGCUCUGCGCCCUCGCCCUGCUCCGCCUGGGCUGCGCAUCCCCCCGGGCACCCACCUGGGCACCGACCGGAGCAUCCCCCCGGGCACCCACCCGGGCGCCCACCCUGUCCCCGGCCCGCGCCCCGCCGCGCUGCCCCCCGCUGAUGCUGCAGCUGCUCCGCGCCCCUCCCGCCCCGCUCCGCGCCGCCGCCGCCGCCGCCCUCAGCCUCUCCCCGCACGGCUCCCUGCAGAACGGCUCCCACUGGGCGCUCUCCUUCGACAUGUCCUCCCUGUCCAGCAGCCAGGAGGUGAGUCUGGCCCAGCUCCGCAUCCGCCCGCCCGGGCUCUCCCACUCCCACAACGUCUCCCUGGACAUCUACCACAGCCAGCGGCGCAGGUGCCGGGGCCAUGGGACCUGCGCCCACCAGCUCUUCCUGGGCACCGUGGCCGGCAGCCCCUCUGCCACCCAGGCCUCCUGGGAAGUCUUCGAGGUCACCAACCUGCUCCGGUCCUGGCUGCACCAAGCCGUGGUCCCCGGUGCAGUGCACUCGCCCACCCUGAGCGACGCUGGCCACGGGGAGACAGCCCUGCCCCAGGAUGUGGCAGACAGAGUUCUGCUGCUCGUCUUCUCCACGGACAAGUCUCCAGGAGACCACAGCCUCAUCAGGACAGCGGAGAACUCCAAGUACAUCAUGCGUGACAGCGGCUCCCAGGGCGAGGGGACGCGCCGGCACCGCAGGAACAGGAUGGAGAAGCAAAGGAUCAAAGCGAGCGACGCUGCUCCGGCCACGCCUCGGGAGGAGGGCAGGGCCCUGUGCAGGCGGGUGGACAUGAUGGUGGAUUUCGAGCAGACGGGCUGGGGCAGCUGGAUUGUCUACCCCAAAAAGUACAACGCCUACCGAUGCGAAGGGCUGUGCCCCUCACCUGUGGACGAGACCUUCAAGCCCACCAACCACGCGUACAUACAGAGUUUGCUGCAGCUCUACAAGCCCCACCAGGUGCCGUGUCCCGCCUGCUCCCCGGUCAGGAUGAGUCCCCUCUCCAUGCUCUACUACGAGAAGGGCGAGAUCGUCGUCCGCCACCACGAGGACAUGAUCAUCGAGGAGUGUGGCUGCAACUGA